GACAACUAUGCUGUUGUGUUGUGUUACCUUGACAACAGCAUCUGCACUGAAAAUUGUCCCCUUACGUUUCAUACGUUUUAUAAAUCAGUCCCAUCACAUCGAUGUCACUGUCAAAGAAUAAGACAUCAGUGUGCAAAACUUUCAACGAUUGUAGAAAGCCAACUGAGAAGUGGGAGGGAAGAUGUGUUGUGUAUUACAAAUGUGGCCUCCUUGGUACCAUACAUGAUGUCUUGAAACAAAGGCCAGGCUGGGUAGAAGUCAAAGAUGAUGGUGAAUGGGACUUCCAAUGGUGUGAAGUAGGCUGGCUCAGGGAGAAUUUUGAUCAUUCAUACAUGGAGGAACAUGCAAGGAUCAACCACUUUCGCAACCAUUAUGAGCUGACCCGCAAAGACUUUCUGUUAAAAAACCUGAAAAGAUACAAAAGGACUCUGGAAAGGGAGGCCAGCUGCACAAAUGGCUCCAAAUGUGAUUUUUUUCCCUGCAGUUUUGCACUGCCUAAUGAGUAUCAUCUCUUUGUGGAGGAGUUCAAAAGAAACCCUGGCAGCACCUGGAUCAUGAAGCCGGCUGCAAAAUCUCAAGGCGCAGGCAUCUUCCUUUUUAAGAAACUGAAAGACAUCAUGGAUUGGAGGAAGCAUGAUGGCACCCGCUCAAAGGAGCAGAAAGAUGCAGCUCAAGUGGAAAGCUAUGUGGCACAGCGUUAUAUUGAGAACCCCUACCUGCUUGGUGGCAGGAAGUUCGAUCUGAGGGUCUAUGUGAUGGUAACAUCAUAUUUUCCCUUGAAGGCAUGGCUUUAUCGUGAGGGCUUUGCACGCCUCUCAAGCACACGUUUCUGCCUAAAUAGUAUUGAUGACAAAUAUGUACAUCUCACUAAUGUGGCUGUUCAAAAAACAGCUCCUGACUAUGAUCCUGAAAAGGGAUGUAAAUGGAAGCUCCAGAAGCUCCGUAUGUAUCUGACUGCAAAGCAUGGGAGACAGAUGGUAGAAACUCUCUUCAAAGAGAUGGAUAACAUUAUCAUCAUCAGUCUACAGAGUGUGCAGAAAAUCAUUAUAAACGACAAACACUGCUUUGAACUCUAUGGCUAUGACAUUAUGCUGGAUGAGAACCUCAAACCGUGGUUGAUUGAGGUCAAUGCCUUUCCAUCGCUUGCACCCAGUAGUCAAGAGGAUUAUGACAUGAAGUACAGAUUAUUGGAAGAUACUGUAAAUAUUGUGGAUAUGGAAAGAAGGUUGACUGGAAAGGAGAAGAGGGUGGGUGGAUAUGAUCUCAUGUGGAAUGAUGGGCCUGUCUAUAGAGAGGAUGCUGACCCAGAAGUAUUUGGUUGUUCAUGUUUAAGAGCCAACACAUAUUUGGGAUGUAUGAAUGACAGGGAAAACCAGAUUUUUAAACAAAUUCCAGCCCAGAAGGUUUGAUGUUCUACAAAAGAAGUUAAUAUGGCAGAUUGGGCAUUAAGGUCUCUAUCAUUUCUGCAAGUAGGUUUACAUGCUGGGUCAUAUUUGAAUACUUAUGAGUCUGUCAAGUUAGUGGUUCUCAACUGGUUUGGCUGCGGGACCCACCAUCGCCCCUCAAUAACACAUGUCCAGCAGAUAUCUGCAGCUAUGUGCCGGACGAAUGGCAUGUUAAGUCCCCACUCCAUGUCCUUCCCGUCCCGCUCAAGUUUAACAAAGUCGCCCAUAAACAUACCACACACCUUGUGGCGGCGUAGCACGUGAAUGGCACAGACAAGAACGCAAGGUUCAGUCAUAGAUAUUGGGUCAUUACAUUUUUUCCCCCCAUGCAACCCACUGAAAACUGCUCAAUUUUGGGUCACAACCCACCAGUUGAGAAUCAAUGGUGUACAGUACUUUACUCUGGUAAUUGAUAAACUGAAUAAGACUAAAAUUCAGGAUAUUUAAGACGCUGGAGGGUAAAGCUUAAUAUUUGUAAUAAAAACUAUUAGGAGCACAGCACCAAGUUUUUUCAUUUGUUCAUAUAAGCAGCCAAUGGAACACUUCUGUGCAGUUUAUUUCAAUGUCAAACAACUAUUUACUUUCACCAUUAAAGAAAUAUAACCACAAUGUUUCUGCCAUGCAUCACAGGGCUUUGAUAGUUCACACAUAUCUCAAUGCAUAUCUCUUUACAAUUUGACUCAAGCAAAUGUGGUAAAACACAUGGAUGCACUAUUGUAAAACAUGU